UAACCUCGAGGAACGCACGAACGUCAUCGAACAUCAUUAUCAAUCUUUAAAUAAAAAAGAAAUAAAGAAGAAGAAAAAACUUCGUCAGAUUCAGGUCAGAAGUAAUCGAACAACCGGAAUACCCGGAAAUCAUCCAACGCAUUUACGUAACAAGUAUAUAACCAGUAUCAACAAGAGUGGUAAUACCGGGGAAGAAUCAGGCAAUACGGAGAUAACAGAUCGUUAAUGUACGCCAAUGGCGUACCUCUUCGAUCGCUCGACGACGAAGAAGAAAUUGAUCAGACUCGAAAUCGUGAAUCAAUGACGAUAACGGGAAGGGAAAAAAAUUAAAUUGGGGCCUAAUUGAAGGAGAACCGCGAGAAAGGAUUUUUUUUAACGGGAUGAUAACGUUUUAUAUUGAUUUCUCGGAUUGCGUGCACGUGGUGGACGAAAGCUCGAACAUCGUCGACUUGGCAACAGGCGACUUGGCGACCUUCCUCGAUGAAAAGGCGGCGCGAUGGCGAACAUAGUACAGGGAUACGAGGAAGAAGGCGCGCACAUUUGUCGAGCGAGAAAUGCUUGUCCACGUGGAAGAGGGGAACGAGACGAAGACGGGUGGCUAACCGGAAAUACAGCUCGCGCAGGCAAAAGAAGAAAGUGUCAGAGAAAAAAGCUACGGCCAGGGUCUGCGUGGAUCGAUUCGCGACGCGACUCGACGAGCAACACCUGUCGCACGAGUCAACCGAGUAAGUGCAUUCGUCCCUUCUUUCAUUGUCCACGAUGAAAAGGUUGGGGAAACGUACGGGGAAUAUCAUUUGAAUCCCGUUUUUGCGCGGUCAUCCUAUUAGCGGGAACGCGCUAAUACCGCACAAGGGAUUCGAGAUUAGGCGAUUUGAUGAAAAGAGAUGGAUCUUUGAGAGAAGAAUUCUUCUUUGAUCGGAUGCGCGGAUAAUGAUCGAUUGGAUAGUCGAAUUCCAUCAUCGAGAUUCUUGACACGUGACAUCGAGAACGCGUCAUCGAUCAGAAUGUAAACCGGUAACGAAAUAAGGUCUAUCUGUCCAAUAAAACGGACGAAUCGUAAUGGCAACGUUUGAUUACCUGUUGCGUCACACCUGUUGCCGACCAUACGCGAACCACGUGACGAUAGUGGCCGUGAAAGAUUUUCUCAUUGUGUCCCGACGUUUGUAUCGAUCGCGUGGACGAGCCUGAUGCCAACGUUAUACGUUGAAAGUAGCCAAAUAACGUAUUGCGAUUAUACGUACAUAUAUAUAUCUUUUCUGCAUCCACACAUGAAAUCAAUAGGGGUGACACACGAAACGAUAUUCGUAAUGUUAAUUGCUUUCGUAUCGUGGAUCCCAAGACCCCAAAUGGAGAAGCGGGCGAACAAAUGGGCCACACCAUCGAUGGAUUCUAGAACCCAUUUUCCAAGCUGGAGUUGGGGUUACUUAUCUUCAUGCAGGUGUCGUGCGAUAAUCUUCUCUGUAAACGACAAACAUUGUUCUUUUUUUUCUUUUUUUUUUUCCUUUCUACGCGUCAUUACACAUGCUGGUAAGGUGACUCAACUGUUAUGCAUUUUACCAGAUAUACGGAAUAUCUUAUAUCGGGACUGUUUCCAGGCAUCGAGGAUUCCUGUUAACAGGAAUUGCGUAUUCGCAACUUGCUCUUCACCUCAGAGGAUCUUCACCUCUUCUUUGAAAGGAAUAUUUUCGAUCCUUGAUGUCGAUAAAGCACCUUCCCGUUUGAUCGUGCUCGCGUCCUAAGAAUCUUUCGAUCUCAUUGUUCGUGGGCAGCAGGGCAGAAAGCGGCGCUUCCGGUUUCAAGUUGGCUCGCAGCACGACGACGACAGACAGAGCAUAGGGCCCGGUUGCAUCCUGAUCGUUCGGCCAAGCACCUGCGCCGCAUUUCACGGGUAAAAGGAUCAAGGUCUCCACGAGCUUAUAUAUACCUCAUUACGCAACAUACAAACGAAGCGGUAUAUAAUUAAAGGUGGUUCGAUAUAAAAAUCGAAGGAGACGAUGGAGAAUUAAAUCAUUUGCAGUAUACAGUAUGAGUAUCAGCCGCGCUCGAUCAACGGAAAAUUGUCGUGGCAAGUUAGCAAACGCAUCGUGGAACCGGAAGUCGCCGUGGGAUCGCCGUGGAUGUUUGAAAACAAAACAUGUAUCUCGUAGCACCUUCUAUCCUGGAAACCACUCGAAACGCACAUAAGUGCUGUCGUAUACGUUUUGUACAUCGCGUGUAAUACCUGUUAUUAAUAACAGUGAUAGAACGAUACAUGGAGGAUAUUGGCUUGACUCGCGUUCGCAAAGCAAACGACAUUUUUUUAAGAAAUUCAUAAACACGUGAUUAUCAGAAUAUGUGUAUAACGAUAUAUCAUGCUUAGAUAAAGUAGGUUAUUGGAUGUUAAUAAUCCGAAUUAACUAUUCACGAACGCGCCCAUCCGCUUCCGAGUACGUGUGCAACCCACACACGCCCAUGCCACACCAUCAGAGGAUGGUUAACUUUAUGAUUCAUGAAACUUAUCUUUAUGGUCAGGUGAGUAACAUCGCCGGUCCCAUAACAAUGGGAAAGAUGGACGGCAGACGAAUCCUUUUCGAGCAUUGUGAGAUACACGUGAGAUAUAACAUAUGCACGGGCAACGUUUAAUCACGUACGAGGUCAAUGUGUCAUUUGCUCGUGGCCUUUCACCGCGAUCAGAUCAACGGAUUAAACCACCACCGAUCAUAAAACGAAAACAUCUGUCGAGGAAUCGAACGGAGAUAUAUUCCGAUAUUCGAUAGAAAAUAGGAAAUAACGCGCGUCCGAUCGAUAUUCGCCGAUCGAGCGUGACAACAUCCUAUUUUCUAAACGAAGAAAUACGGAGUUGAUUCCAGAAGUCGUGGGCGAGCACGAACGUCAUUAAAGCCUAUAACUUUCCCGUCCUUGGCGAGUAAACGAUAUUUCUGCCGGACCGAAUUGUCCGAUCUUUCUUGUCAGUGUCGAUUCUUGGACAGGGGGAAAUUACUCUCGCGAAACAACUCUCCGUCAUUGUUUCCAGAUGGUUCCGUUAACUUCGCGAAAAUGUAAAAAUAAUCGAAGAACGAUAUUCGUUGUCUCGUCUUUCGAGCAGAAAAUACGCGGUACAAAAUUCUAUUUAUCUCCGGUCCGAAUUUUUAAACGCUGCUGCAUUAUUUCCGAAUCUUCUCAGGAACAUUCGCCUUCUUUUUUUUUUUUUUUCAACUUAUCGGCAAUAAAGAAGAUAAAUAUUGACACGCGGGCGAGAUCAGAAGCGUGUAGGAGAUACAUCAUCGACUUUAUUGCCGAUCCACGCCGUCCGUGCGAGAAGAAUUACAGUGGGAAAAAUAUUCUGGUGUAUAAGUACGAAUAAAAAGAAAUGAUAUUUCAAUUAGAGAGAGAGAGAGAGGGGGGAGAGAAAAAAUUGAAACGCACGUACGAAAAGGCGACACGUGAUCGCAUAUUUCGCGGUCUAAUCGCGCUUCCUCGGGGAUCGUUUAAUUAAAUUCCAACUGCGUCGAUAGUUUUUAACCCGAGCGAGAUAUCGCUCGCGCAUAAAAAAGAACUUGCAACGAUCGUUAUAGACGGAACGAAAUAACGUUUAGAAACGACGUUAAAUCCGGUAAAUCCGGAGAGGAAUUUAUCUAAUUACAAAGCGUUGGCAACAGAAUGACUCUGCAAAAUAGAUUCCCGGAAGUUAUUAUUUGCAUUUUGGUUUAUUAAUGACAACACGUCGUAAGCGGUAUCGUUCUCCGGACAUAAUGAUAGGUUAAAGCGAAUAAUUAAUACGAAGACGAGAUAGAUGUUCAAUCCCGAUAGAUGAAUUGUAACGAAGAAUGAUCUCGACAGACGGGUAAGAAAAAUUACAUAAUCGAUCGGAUCCGUUCGCGAUACGGUGGAUCGUUCUGGCUUGCCGAUAACACGUCGAAUUAUUAUUAGAUACGUAAAUAUCAAAGACCGGCAUCAUCUUUAUUUAUAGGAUAUAUGUUGCAAGUUAUUCGUAACAAGAACUACAAAUUCGUAUCGCAUCCGUGGGAUUAUUGGGAACCCACGUCAAGGCUAAGUGAGGUCGGUCCAAAUUCGAGACACACCUACGGAACGAGAACGAGUGUUGCGCGAAUUCGGGACGAUUCGGUCGAUCUCAAAGAUACAUACGUCGGGCGAGUGUAUAAAGAUUCGUGAAGGAGGUAACGAACCGUCAGAGUCGAUAGAGACCCUCCAUCGUCGCGGUGUUCAACGUCCACGUCGAAGUCUAGCUGGACUAUGGCCAGAUUCAAAAAUAAGCCGAAUUUUCGACGGAUUUGCCGAUUGUCCGCGAUCGUUUCGCGUCAUCUCGAGAAUCCACGUGUUGCACACGCGUUAACAACGCCGUUUCUCCUCUCAGGAUUUUUACACGUCUCGUUCGCACUCGACCCGAAGGAUAAUUUUGAAUGUUCGCGGUCAUUCCGGGAAUCAUCACUAUUUCCGUGAUACACGCUUGGCAAGGAACGAGAAAUCCGCCUUUUCCCACACACUUUCCCCUUCCAGAUUUUUUUCUCGCGUAAAAAAUGACACGGUCCCGAUAUAAAAAAUUCCGAGACAACGUGGUCCUACCGCGAAUCCAUGAUUCAUAAGAUCGAUUUAACAAAAAUCCGUGAACCCGUUCGAGUCCGUUACUCUCUCUCUCUCUCUCUCUCUCUCUCUCUCUCUCUCUCUCUCUCUCUCUCUCUCUUUCUCUCUCUUUCUCGCGUUUUUCGACAAAUCGGCGGCAAACGAAAAUCGAGGGAGAAAGGAGGACUAUUUUAUAAUUUCGCGGCGGAUUGACGCAACUGUGUAACGGGGUCCACGAUGACGACACGAUUUCGUUCCACGCUCGCGGACCGUAUUUUUAAAUGCCGCCGCCUUUUAUCUUCGCGACCAGCCGCGAAUCUUCCGCGAUCGCCGUUUAUAAAUCACUCUCUGCUCUCUCGUUGCUUACAGAGAAGUAAGGAGAGAGAAAGAGAAAGAAUGGAAGAAAGAAAGAGAAAGAGAGAGGUGAGGCCAAACGAGAGAUGUGUUUCUCGUUUCUCUCACACAGUGAGAGUUCUCCCGUUGGAGGCACGAUACGAGGUGGGAGAGAAACACGGUGAAAAGGGAUGGAGGGGUGAAGGAGGGAGGGAGAAGGGGCAAGAGAAGGAUAGACAGCCUUUUGAGUCCCCUCGGUGACCAGUUUAGUUCUGCUUGGCAUUCGAACCGCACCAGAGAUCAUGUGACAGAAGACAAGGGGCUAGGAUCCUCGAAUAAGUUUCGAUCCUUGAUCCGUUUUGGACUGCGUUAGAUCAUCGAUAGACGCUGGACCGCAUCGAUCGAUCGCGAUCCACGAUUCCCUGCCACGGGAUAUAGUAUAAGGUGUCUGUGAAUCAGUUUGUGAAAACUUCACGCGUUUCCUCGCGCACGUGCUGAUUUCAUCGUGUUGAUUAUUUUUUUUCUUCCCUUCUAUUUUUCCUCGAACGAACCGUUGCGAAUUCUUCGAACGUCAUCGAACCGCUAUGCGAUCGAGAGGCGCGUAAUAAUAUAAAUACGCGAGGUAAAUCGCGUUUCUUUUCCGCGUUUCGUCAGUGCACGAUCAAGGAUGACCAGUUCGAAAGAGGCAGGAUCGAGAUCGUGACGGCACACGCAACACGUGCACUCCGUUUAAAUCAACAAACAGCGGCCGGUCACGUAAAAACACGGCUCGCAUACAUUUAACGUCGAGGAAAGCGUACGUCUUUUCGUAUUUUCCCUCCUUCUCUUUUUCCUCCGCACACGCUCUCCAUAAAUGACACUUGUGAAAUCAACGCACACAUUUUCACCGCUCCGAGCAAGCGACUGUAGAAAAGAGGGUCGUUGACAGCGGGAGAUCGUGUGAUAAAUGUACCGGUACGCGUUCGCUCGCCUCCGUUCCCUGCAAAUUUUUAUGAAAAGACCAAUUUACCCUCGUGUUUACCGCGACUCUUGCUCACCCGAUUCGCACAUCUGUCGCGCGUGAAAAUUAAAUUCUCGCUUCGCGCGCGACUCCGCUCGUGGACUUUGUUCACGCUCGUGGAGAAAAAAAAACUCGAAUCACAGAAGUCAAAGGAUCGAAAAGUGCGGAAUAUGAGAUCGAUUGAUCUCAACACGAUCUAAGAAUAUACUCGAGCGACGAGCGGAUUCGUUGAACCGGGGUUCUUUUCCUUUCUUUCCACGUGUCCAUCGUGUGCACAGGGAAAAUAAAUCGGCAACUUUCACCGAUAUAUACAGUACCAACGACGACAGUAGCUCGUAAACCAUGUCGGGAGAUACGACGUCGGACGAGGAAGGAUCGCAGGAGGACUCCCCUCGAUACGACAUCGACGAUCUGGAGAUCAUCAAGACGAUAGGUGAGCACACGAUCCUAUUCAUCUCGACACCUUUCACUGACGAUUCUCGAGCCACGCGAUAGAAAAACUUUCUACUCGUGUACAUGCGUCCGAUACCCGAUUAGAAUGCUGUCUAGACACGCAGGAAUUUGUUCAACUAUUCGACUCGGAACUAUUCUAGAGAUUGCAUCGAAAGCAAUAUCAAUCGAUCUCCGUUUAUUAUUAUUUGCGAAUGAUGACGAGGAACAGGUUUUUGUUAAAGUGAAUUGGAUGAUGUAAAUGCUAUUUGUCACACGCUGCCGAGUGUUGGUAAAAUGUCAGAGACGAGGCGAACUACCCUCUAAACGAGGAAGUGGGCCACUGGAGAGUGAGAGGCUACCAAGUGUAUAUUUAACUGCUCGUUAAGUUCGAGUUACACGGAAUGGGUGUCGGAGAUGCAGGUGUUUCUUCGCUGAUUUUUCACUCUUUCGCUGUGACUUGUGAAACCGUUCUUCGAACGACUAACCGUUGUCUAAUAGAAAGGAGAACCUUAUACAUAUUCCACGAUGGUAAAAGAAUCUAGGUAGGACAGCGUAAAAAGACCGUAAAGCUUGUUUUAAACGCGCUGUCGGGCUUCCCUAAUUUCCACGUGAAAUUCAACAACGCACGGUCUGGCUUUUGUGGGUCAUCAGUGGAUAAUCCGGACAGUGAGAUAUUACACGAUGUAUGACGUAUAACGAGAACGUCGAGGAAAUAAAUUCUGGAGCAAAAGCAUCAAUCUCUUAUCGUUCCAUUUAGCCUGAUCGCGGUUUUGCUGGGUCGCGAUUAAACUCGUAAACCAGAGAUAGUAGCUGGCCCUGGUAGUAAGCAGAGAUGCUCGAUCGGGACAGAUGUGCGGCUUUUUUCGAGACGUAGAACAAGUUUUGGACGAACACCAAAAUCCUCUCUUUCUCUCUUCAAUGUCCAUAUGGGAGAAAAACAACGUGUCGAGGGGAAGCGUCUGGCGCGCGUAAUUCGAGCGAAAUAGCCCACUCGCGUGAUGAAUGAACCGUGUUAUACCUGAAACAUUAACCUUCUCCGAUCUGAUAUAUUUCCACUCGAGAACUUCCCGUUUAAUCAUGCAGGAUGCGAGUAUUUCGUCGAAGCAUAUGCCGAUUAGACAACAAUGAAAAUGAAAAUCGUUAUUGGAGCGGAGCUGAAAUCGAAGAUUAAGUUGUCGCGGAAUUUCCGAGGGAAACGAGAUAUUUCUCUCUCUCUCUCUCUCUCUCUCUCUCUCUCUCUCUCUCUCUUUUCUCGUUUAUUUUUUCAUUUCGUCGGAAAGAAAUAUCGGAGACGCUUAAUUACGUAAAUUGAGGGACGAGCAAAGAAUAUUUAAAGCAUCGGAAACAGCUCGUCGUUCUAUCAUUGACACCUGUUUUCAGCUAUCGCUGGCAAUCACCGCGAUCGUUUCACAGGGUAUAUAACACGAUUUUGCGCCCCUUAUUUCGCAUCGUCUGCCAAUUUUCUCGCAUUUAUAAUGACACCACUCUCUGUGUACGCGAAACGUCUGCCCCUCAUCUGUGAUGCGAACAGCAAUUUACCGGUUAAUUUCGGCGUGGACCACGGGGCAGGCGGCAGCCAUCACUGUUCCGUUAAUUGGUCGUGGUACGUUGAGCAGACCAACUUUAGUCACCUGCAUUCGUGGGAAAGUGCAUUAAACAGACCGCGUACCACGGAUUUUGCUACUAGAGAAAGCGUUGAUGAUUAAACGCUCGCAUGGAAUGGAUCAAUAACACGUGUACAGGCACUUUCGGAAGAGUGGUAUUAUGCAGGCAUCAAGGUACUCCUCUAGCCUUGAAGAUUCUCUCGAUGGUGGACGUGAUCAGAUUGAAACAAGUGGAACACGUACGGAACGAGAUCACCGUACUGAAAGAGGUCAAUCAUCCCUUUAUCGUGAACAUGCUCUGGAGCGGAAGGGACGAGGCAAGAGUAUACAUGUUGUUAGAAUUCGUUGCUGGUGGGGAACUUUUCUCCUAUUUAAGGGCAGCUGGCCGAUUUUCCGGGCCCACCAGCUGCUUCUACGCGGCCGAAAUCGUUUGUGCGUUGGAAUACCUGCACAGCAAACACAUAGUUUACAGAGAUUUGAAACCUGAGAAUCUUCUGUUGGACAGCCAGGGACACUUGAAGAUUACCGAUUUCGGAUUUUCGAAGAAACUGACGGACAGAACGUGGACUCUGUGCGGCACACCAGAAUAUUUGGCGCCAGAAAUAAUUCAGAGCAAAGGACACAAUAAGGCAGUUGACUGGUGGGCGCUCGGUGUUCUGAUUUACGAAAUGUUGGCCGGUUUUCCGCCAUUUUUCGAUGACAAUCCCUUUGGCAUCUACGAGAAGAUAUUGAGCGGCAGGAUAGAAUGGCCAAAACAUAUGGAUCCAAUCGCCAAGGAUUUGAUCAAAAAACUUUUAAUUGCAGAUCGUACGAAAAGGCUAGGAAAUAUGAGGCAAGGUGCCGAUGACGUGAAAAGGCAUCGUUGGUUCAAAUUAGUCGAAUGGCCUUUGGUACCUCAAAGAGCUCUUACACCACCGAUAAGACCACGAGUGAAAGCACCAGGAGAUCCAAGCUGUUUCGACGAUUAUCCGGAAACCGAUUGGCGUUCUCAGCCUCCAUUGCCGCCGGAACAACUGGCUCUGUUUCAAGAUUUCUAAAAGAAACAUCAUGGACAAUCGUUCGAACCAUGCCAGACAUUCAUUGACGCAAAUUCGUUUGCAACCUUCCGUGUCGAGAUUAGAACCAUUGAGUUAACGGUAUUGUGAUGUGUAUAAAAUUUCGCAAACGGUCAAACAGGAGUUCCUUUUUAUUUUGUACAUAGCGGUCUCUUUUUGUAUUAUUUUCGUUGUGCGUAGUUUAUUUAUUCAUUAUAUUCGCUGAGUAGAAUAGAUAUUUUUUUUUUCGUUGUUUUAAAAAAAUUCGUCAUUGUAAAUAAAAAAAAAGUGCAAGGAAAAAUAAUUUCGAGCCACGAGAUUAUGAAUUGUAAAUUCAUGAGAAGUUUAUCGUUAUAUCGAUGUAUGUUCCUUCUACGAAAAAAAGUGAUGAUUAGUAGAAAUUAUUAUAAUUUUAUAAAAAUUAAUGUAAUGUAAAGUAUUUGUAAUUUGUAAUAAUGUAUCGUGCAACAGUACGUUACAUUUUAAGAGAUUAUUACACAAUUAAAUCGUGAAUUUUUUUAAA